ACAACAAAACAAAACAAGCUGCAAUGACGACCGCACAUCAACGUCCGAUAAUGGAUCAAGAACUCAUAAUCCAAGAAGGCAACCUGGUACCUUGCCAUGUGUGCGGCAGAACCUUCCUCCCAGUCCCCCUGGCAAAGCACGAAAAAGUCUGCGAACGAAACGCCGCAAAAAAACGAAAACCUUUCAACUCCUUAAAACAACGAGUCGCCGGUACCGACUUGGCCGAUUUCCAUCAGACCACUUACCUAAAGAAAAAAGAGGAACCUCCAAUUAUAGAAACCAAAGGCAAACAAAACAAGUGGAAGGAAAAACAUUUGGAGCUUGUUACUGCUAUACGAGCAGCUAAAGGAGUACCAGCGAAAGUACCAGCUUCGCCGACAAUGAAAUCUCGCGGUAGUACUACGCAAAACAACGAAAAAUGUCAAACUUGCGAUCGGUUUUUUGGUCCCAAAGCCUACGACCGGCACGUGGAAUGGUGCAAAGAAAGAAAAUUAAGAAUCCAAGACCAUCUAACUGCUAGUGCACAAUUAGCUAGGGAACGACUUGAAGCUAGAGUCAAUUACAGGGUACCACCGUUGAACAAAUCAAAAAGAAUUACUGUACGGGAAAAGUACUCCAACUCCCAAAGUCCUGAACCUUUGCCAGUGAAAACUACCAACUCGACAACUAAUUUAUUGUCUCGAGCGCCUAGUAUUAGGAAACCAAAAAGUCUUGUUAAUGUUGUUAAACCAGGAAUCAACAACAACAAUAAAUCGCCUAUUGACAAAUGUAGCGGUGAUCGAAAUGUCUCGUCUAAAGUUGAAUCUUCCAAAAGUUUACCGACCAACAAACGAAAUCCCAUUGUCGCAAAAAAGCUAAAUUCGAUCGCAGUAAAUGAUCAAGGAUUAACCGUGUCGGCUAUCAAUAAAUCAAUGGUCACUUGGAAGGAAAUCGUUAAAAAAGAAACCAAGCAAAAAUUGUUGCCCAACAAGUUUAAUGUCAAUUUGCAAACGAAAAGUCAAGAGCUACUCAAAGGGCAAAAGGCGCCCGAGAAAAUUUUGUCUUCCAAUGAUAUUUUGUUCACUAAAGGGCGACAAUUUGAUAAUCAUAAUAAUAGAGUAGAUGAAAAUUAUGAAACUGGUUCGUUCAAGACUGAAUUUAAUGGAAAGUUCAAAGUGAAUUCGGAAAUAUUUGAUAAUGAUGAAAUCAGUUUUAGACAACAUAAAGAGGAUCUGAAAUUGUUUAAGAUGGAUAACUGUGUAGAAGAUUUUAACAUAAAUAUUGAACAAUGUGCUAUAAUAAUAGACAAAAAGGAAGGUAACAAGAACAGGAAUAAUCAAAAUUCAAAACACACUGAAGAAAGAGAUUUACAAAUCGACAAAGAAGAUAAAAAAUUGAAAGAAAUAAAGGAAUCUACAGACUUUGCAGAAACAAAUAAUGCAGAGAUUUGCAAUAAGACAGAAAUAAAUGAAAAUUUUAAACAAAAAGAAGAAAAUAAAACCCAAGAAGAAACAGUAAUUAAUUGGAAUAUUUUGCCAACCAUAGAGACAAAGUUUAAAGAAAUUGAUGAAGAUUCUGAAGAAAAUAUAAACAGUUCAAAUUGUAAAAACUCUACAGAAAUAAAUAAUAAAACACUAGAAAAAAAAGACAGCAAUGAUGAGCAAAGACAAGCCAAAGAAAUCCAAGAAAAUUUAAGCAAAUAUCUGUUAGAAAUUGAACAAUUAGGCUCAAAUCUUAUAGAACCCUCUAAAAACUCUAUUGAAGCCUCAAACAAAACCCCAAAACUCUUCUAUUUAUCAAAAACCCAUUUGGAUUUGACCAGAGACAGCAGUAACGAAACCCUUUCUCUGAAAUCAAAAGAUUCAAAUAGUGUGGUACCGAUAUUUUUCAAAAGCAAAUUCUCUUAUGAUUCUCAAAGCAAAUCUCAUGUAAAUCUAAGAAAAUCCACUCCAAUACAUCAUUAUUCUACAUUUACUUUAAAGCCAAAUAAUUCUUUUGCAUUUAAAAUCGAUUGGAAUAAUGUAAGAAACAAAGAACGAUUGGAAAUAUUGAGAAUUGCAGCUGAAAAAUUCAUUAAAGGUACCAAAAAAGGUAACGAAGAAAACUACUCUGUACCAAAAAAGAAAAUCAAAAUGUGUAAUAGUGAAGAAAAAUCAAGUGCAACAACCAAUAUGACCCCUCGAACUUGUACUGUACUAGAAAAACUUGUACAAGGCAAACAACUACUAAACAACAAUCGUAAUAAUAAAGUUCUUUUGGCCAUGACAGUGGCGGAAUGCGAAAAACUGCUGGAACUUGAUAAAAAAUGCGUCAAAAAGUUUGAGGAAAAACUUCUGAGAAACAGAAAAACUUGUGGGUUGCCUUUGAUUGUUACAAACAACCGUCCAGAAACAAUAAAAACCAAUGAAAAAUCACCCAGCAAGAUUUGUUUGCCUCGAAUUAAUUUAAGUAGACCACGAAGGGGGAUUGUUGAACAAAGUGAUAAUAAGCAAGAAAAGAAAAAAAGUUUGCCAGUUUUAAAGCGUUCCAUUACCCUUUUUGAUCCCACUCCUAAACCAUCCUUUAAAACAAAGCAAGAAGUUGACAAUUUUUUCAAUAAUGGUAACGAGGCAAAAGAGAAAACAGAAUCUGAUGUUAAGAUUGAAGAAAUUGAUGGGGAAACUUCCCAGACAGACUUCACAGCUGAGGAAUUAUUCAACGUAGACGAUGAACUGUACGAGGAAUAUAAAAAAUACGAAGCCUUAUACCUGCAAGACAAAGAACAACAAAAAGUAGACAGUAAAAAAACCCGAAACAAAAACAUCGAUUUGAAUUACGGCCUUUUAACCAACAAAGAAAUUCCAAAAAGUGAAGAAGAAGACCACAAAACAACAAACGAUUCAGCGUACGGAAGUUUGCGCAAACACCGCACCAGAGCCCCGAAACUUGCUCCAUUGGAAAGUACUAGUUCCAGUGGAUCAGAAACCGGAACGUCUUUGAAAAUGUCCAAGUUUUGUUACGAGUGCGGCACCAAAUUCCCUGUGGCUACUGCGAAAUUUUGCGUCGAGUGCGGCGUUAAAAGGCUACUUUUGUGAUAGGAUUUUUUUUUUAGUGAUUUAAGGCACACUUUUAUCAUAUUUUUUACUUACCAAAGCUAAUUAUUAUUGCGGACCAAAAUGUGCAAUGUUUUAUUUUGUAUUUAUAUUUUUUAUUUGUUAAAUUUUGUAAGAAUAGAAGAGUGGCAUUUUGUUUUUUAAUUAUUAUUAUUAUUAAUU